UGCCAAACAUUUCAAAAUGUUUCUGACACACUUUGAAGUUAAGCAACAAUGAAGAAAAUAGAGAAACCCAUGUGUUUCUCAUGGUUUGGAACGUGUCCCACAUAGUCAACUCCAAGUCUUUCUUGUGCUUCCAUGAAAUUUCUUGCAGUACAAAAGUGUCAUUUUUUAGUACUAUAUAUAAUAAGGUGAUUAUAGGAAUAUUCAGCAUAAAACUAUAGAAAGUAACACAAUAUAUAUCCAUAGAUUUGUCAAAAAUGAAGUUGGGAUUGAUAAUUAGUUCCUUUUUUUAUUUUGUGAUGAUAAUAAUGUUAAUGCAAAAUGAAGAUGGAUCAUGUAACGGAUGUUUAGAGAAUGAGAGAAUAGGCCUUCUAGAGAUCAAACACUACUUCUUGUCACAUAAAGGAGCAGAUCUUUACAAUGAUUUGGGUUCAUGGGUUGAUGAUAGAGGUAGCAAUUGUUGUACUUGGAAUAGAGUCAAGUGCUCUAACACCUCUUCUGGACACAUAACUGAACUAUCCUUCGAUAGGUUACUAUACUAUUCAUCAGAUCCUAUGAUAAUGAUGAAUGUUUCUCUGUUUCGUCCAUUUGAAGAAUUACGCCUCCUCGAUUUGUCCUGGAACGAAAUUAUAGGCUGGAUGGGCAAUGAAGAUUUUGCUAAAUUACAAAGGUUGGAGACCUUAGACCUUUCAUGCAACAGUCUAAAUAAUACAAGCAUAUUGUCAAGUUUGAAUGGAUUAACUGCUCUCAAAACUUUGAACCUCGGUGGUAAUUCACUCGAUAGCUUAUCCGCUCAAGGUUUUCCUGGACUACAAAAGUUGGAGACCUUAGACCUUUCAUACAACAGUCUAAAUAAUACAAGCAUAUUGUCAAGUUUGAAUGGAUUAACUACUCUAAAAACUUUGAUCCUCCGUCGUAAUUUAAUUGAUAGCUUCUCCGCACAAGGAUUUUCAAAAACAAAGGAAUUGGAGAUCUUAGACCUUUCAUUCAAUCAGCUAAACUGCAGCAUCAUAACAAGUUUGCAUGGAUUCACGGCAUUAAGGAGUUUGACGCUGUAUUAUAACAACUUGGAUUGUUCUCUCUCUGCAUUAGAUUUCACCAAAUUUAGUCAGCUGGAAUUAUUGGACUUGGCCGGUAAUAACCUUACUGGUUCUCUACAUGUUGAAGAUGUUCAGAAUUUGAGAAACUUCAAAUCUUUAAGUUUAAGCUAUAACCACAUGAAUGAGUCAGUUGAAGGACUAUGCCAAUUGAAGGAUUUGCAAGAGCUAGAUAUCAGCCAUAACAUGUUCAGUGGUCAACUUCCUGAGUGUUUAAGCAAUUUAACAAACCUUAGAGCUCUUAAUGUUGACAGUAAUUUCUUCCGUGGUCGUUUUCCAUCCUUCACUACCAAUCUCACAUCCCUGGCAUACUUAUCACUCUGUGAAAAUUACAUGAAUGAAUCAUUUUCAUUGAACACUUUGGCUAAUCACACCAAUCUUGAGGCUCUACAUAUUUCAUCAUACAACAUUGGAGCACACAUUGAAACUGAAAAUACAAAGUGGUUUCCUAAAUUUCAAUUGAAGUCACUCAUUCUUAGAAAUUGCAACCUAAACAUGGACAAAGGAAGUGUCAUUCCUACUUUUCUUUCAUAUCAAUAUAAUUUGAUACAGAUGGACCUCUCUAGAAACAAACUAGUUGGCUCAUUCCCAAGUUGGUUGAUACGUAAUCAUCACAUAGAAUUUUUGAAUAUAUCAAACAACAAUUUAAGUGGUUUUCUUCCAAGAGAUAUUGGUAGAUUCCUUCCUAAUGUAACAUAUUUGGACAUUUCACGGAAUAGCUUUGAAGGAAAUAUACCAUCAUCAAUUGGUAAAAUGAAAGAACUUUGGUACUUGGACUUCUCACAUAAUAAUUUCUCUGGUGAGUUACCUAAACAACUGGCCACAGAUUGCAAUAACUUAGAAUUCUUGUUUCUCUCUAACAACUUUCUAAGUGGGAAUAUCCCUAAAUUUCGUAAUUCAGUGAAUAUGGAAGUGUUGUUUCUCGAUAAUAACAACUUUAGUGGUACACUUGAAGAUGUAUUGGGAAGCAUUAAUACAAGAUUAAGAGUGUUAUCCAUAUCCAAUAAUUCAAUCUCAGGCACAAUUCCAAGUUCGAUUGGGAUGUUUUCUGAUAUGUAUAUCCUUCUUUUGGCUGAAAAUCGAUUAGAAGGUGAGAUCCCUAUUGAGAUGUCCAACAUGACAAAUCUUGAAAUUAUGGAUCUUUCUCAAAACAAGUUAAUUGGAUCAAUACCAUAUUUCAGUAAUACAAAAUCUCUAAGAUUCUUGUAUUUAGGAAAGAAUAAACUCUCUGGAUCCAUACCAUUUGAUUUGAUUGGAAGCUCACAGCUGGAACUUCUAGACUUGACGGACAACAAAUUUUCAGGUAAAAUUCCAAACUUGAUGGGUAAUCUCUCAGAGUUACGUGUUCUUUUACUAGGAGGGAACAAAUUGGAAGGAGGUAUUCCAACUCAAUUGUGUCUGUUAAAAAAUAUCAACAUAAUGGACUUAUCACGGAACAAGCUCAAUUCUUCUAUACCAUCUUGCUUCCAAAAUAUGCCAUUUGGACAAUAUGAUGUUGAUGGUUAUCAUCCUAUUUUUGAAAUCAUGGUGGGUGGCAUGUCAUUUUCUCGUUAUUGGUUCAAUUCAAGUCUGGAGUCUUUUUUUCCUGAUCUAGAGCAUGUCAACUUGCUACAUUUGGAAGCAGAGUUCAGAACAAAACACAUCAAUUACAAUUACAAAGGUAAAGUUGUAGAGAACAUGACUGGAUUGGAUUUAUCAUGCAACAAUCUAACAGGUAUCAUCCCUUCUCAAAUUGGAAACUUGCAAAAACUCAUUGCCUUGAACCUAUCUCAUAAUUACUUGUCAGGCCCUAUUCCUAUCACUUUUUCCAAUCUUACUCAGAUAGAGAGUCUUGAUUUAUCCUACAAUAAAUUGAGUGGUAAGAUACCUUAUGAAUUAACCCGGUUGAACUCUUUAUCAACCUUCAAUGUGUCAUACAACAACCUUUCCGGAACACCGCCUAGUACAAGACAGUUUGCAACCUUUGAUGAAGAAAGCUACAGAGGUAAUCCCGGUCUUUGUGGACCACUCCUUAACCGGAAGUGUGAAGUUAUUGCUUCUUCACAAUCCAAUGACAGUGGAGAAAAGGAAACCAAAAUUGACAUGACAUCAUUUUAUUGGAGUUUCACAGCAUCUUAUAUUACAAUAUUGUUGGCCACCAUAACAGUGUUGUGCAUCAAUCCACAUUGGCGCAUGGUCUGGUUUUAUUUCAUUAGUAAGGUUAUACGUAGAUGUUUUCCAUCUUUUCCAAUAUUGUAUUGAAGAAUGUCCAUAGUACCUGUUGAAACAUUGGAUAUUGUAAUGUAUCUUUAGCUUUAAUUUCGACAGUUUGAUCAAUGUUGAAACAUUGGAUAUUCAGUUCCUUUUGUCAACUUUAUGUUCAUCCUCCUUGUGUUUGUGUGAUGUACUUGUUAGAGUUGUUUGAAGCUAUCGUUAUAUAUUAUUGUAGUUUUUCUUCUUCUUUA